UCGUCAAAAUUGACAAGUACACAAGUCAAAACAUUUUUAUAUUUACAAUAAAUGGGUAAAUUUCGGUUAUGCCAAUAGAUUCAGCAACCGCUAUAUUUUACACAUCGCUUUUAGCAUGUGUACCUCUUGGUUGCAUGUAUAAAAAGAUUCAAGAUGAGCAAAAGCGGCUUGCAUUAGGUACUGGGAUAGGAAUACUGAUUGCUCUAACUAUUUGUGGUUCUAAAGCAUUUUACACAGUUUUUUUGGUAUCGGGAAAUAUUAUCGUGAUUAGAUGCUGCGAUAAACGUUUUGUCCAUAAAAUGAGCCUCUUGUUUACAUGGAUGUUCCUUCUAUAUUUAUAUUUCUAUGUUGGAUGCACAAAAUACGCUGGAUGGUUAUUUCAAACUUUAUCAUUGCGGCUGGUCGGAUUAGCUUUUGAAAUUUACCUCUACGACCAAACUAUAAUCAACAAGACAGAAAACAAAAGUGAUCCUCAUAAAGUUCCCGCGAGUUUACUUGACGAAAAGGUUACUCAAUUAACCGCCGCUGACAUUGCCACGUAUGCAUUUUUCUUUAUUGGCAUACAUAGAGGGCCGUAUUUUACGUGGAAAACCUUCAACGACCAUAUAAAUAGCACUGUCAGCGUGCAUGGCGAUUUCUGGGUGGUCACCGGGCAGAAGCUGAGAAAGACUUUGUUGCUGACGCUUGGAUAUGUUGUCUUGCGGUCGAAUUACCCCAUCUCCAUGUACGAAGAUGAUGAGUUCUACACCAACUAUGGCACCGAUUAUCGAUUCUUAUUCUGUAUGCCACAACUAGUGAUUUACUACCUGGAGUCCCAGAUCAUCCUGAUGAUUACCACCAGCACGUGUUCGGGAGCGGGGUUUGGUGUGUAUCCUGCCAAGUCCAUGGCGGUCCCGGGCGCUGGACCUACAAGGCCUGUCGUAGGACCAGAACUGACACCGGAUAAAGAAGAAUACAAUUUUUCAAUGCUAAAAUGUUUCGAUAACGAGAAAAUAUUGAUGGGGCCGAAAUUGAAGGACACGAUACAUGGCUGGGACAUGGCCACGCGGUACUGGUUCGCACAGUAUAUCGUCAAGAACCUUAUUAAUAAUAACUUCGAAGUAAGAAGUGCGUGCUCAUUCCUGCUUUGGACGAUAUGGACGGGUUCCACAAUCCAAGACACAAUAAUGGCACUGACCCUCUGGGUCUACAUUCACUUGGAAUCCGAUUAUUCCCAGUUGUUCUCGGAAUCGCUAACAGGCCCAUGGGAUCUCGGCUUUGCGAUAAUGCGCAUUUUAUGCUUAUGCUACCUUACGCCAUGUCUCAUCAUAGAAGACUGGGCCGUAGCCCUCAGAUAUUACAAUUCAAUCUAUUGGGUUUACCACAUGGUACUCGGAGUUCUGACCGUGGCAGCGAUUGCUAUAGAUAAAAGAAGAGCAAGAGCGAAAUUCGUCUCGAAAGCAGAUACUCUAAAAGAUAUUACCCCGGAUAACGGCAAAACUGAUAACGUAGCACCAAGCAAGCCUGAAAACACGAUCCAGGACAGCGGGCCGUCUACAAGUGGGAAUAAAUGAUAGGGGUUAUUAAAUCUAUUCUUUCCAAGGACACUUGAUGCUAUGAGCGACAGGGAAAUAAUACGCAUUUGUCCCUCUCUGCAGAAAGCGUCCGAUGACAGGAUAGAUGCAAUGAUGGCUGCGCCGUUGAAGUUGCGUACCUAGCCCGUACCAUGGGGCAUCCUUAUGGCAUAGCAUAGACAAAGAACAUAGACGACUCAGGGGGGAAGGUGCGGACAUCGAAAAACGAAAUUUCGCAUAUAACUAUGCCUUAGAGCAUUUAAUAACAGAAGUCGCCUUUAAAAGCUUACCCCUCUGCCGAAAACCUUGCACAAUUGUGCAAACUUUUGUAUGGACUAACGUUUAUCUGACAUGGCUUUGGCUAUUUGUACGUUACGUACGAAUCAUGUACAAAUAGCCAUACAUUUGACGUGCCCCUCCCCCGCAAAAAUCGGCAGAAAAUGACAGCCAAGGCGUCUCCAGUUACUAAAUGCUCUAAGAGCCUGCCUCUGUCUGUCUUGCAUAUUUGAGAAAGAAGACAGACAAGGGAUAAACGAACGAAAUGGUUCGCAGUCAUAGCCCAGUUUUGACAUCUGAUCUACAUGGUACUGUAUGUCUAUUUGUUAUGGUUAACUGGAUUGUUAAAAAAACAGUGCUUGACAACCUAGUUGCCGCGAAAUAUACAGUAGACGUCUUGUGCCAUCUAAUCAGUUACCAAAACAGCACUAUAUUCUUGAAGAGUGUCCCUUUUGUAUACUUAGUUGUUUUGUAAUAAAGCUGUCUA